GUGUCAACCUCACCCAUUACACCGGAUAGUGAUAAUAAAAUUCAUUUUUUAGGUGUGGUUCUGUUUUAGUAUUAAAUUUGCAGUAUUUAUAAAUUAAAUUCAGUUGCAAUGAAUGGAAAAUUGCCAGCCUGUGUGAUAGACGUCGGGACUGGGUACACAAAAUUGGGUUUUGCUGCAAAUAAAGAGCCUCAAUUUAUAAUUCCAUCGGCUAUUGCUAUUAAAGAAAGCGCUAAAGUCGGUGACACGAACACCCGCAGACUAAACAAAGGCGUAGAAGAUCUCGAUUUCUUCAUAGGCGAUGAAGCAUUUGAUGCCACCGGAUACUCUGUGAAGUACCCAGUUCGACAUGGGCUCGUGGAAGAUUGGGAUUUGAUGGAAAAGUUCCUAGAACAGUGCAUUUUUAAAUAUCUUCGAGCCGAACCGGAAGAUCAUCACUUUCUCCUAACAGAACCUCCACUCAACACCCCAGAAAACAGGGAAUAUCUAGCGGAAAUUAUGUUCGAAUCAUUCAACGUGCCAGGUUUAUAUAUUGCCGUGCAAGCCGUUUUAGCCUUGGCUGCCAGCUGGGCUAGUAGGGGCAUCGAAGAACGUACUCUUACUGGAAUUGUUAUCGAUAGUGGUGAUGGUGUUACCCACGUAAUUCCAGUGGCUGAAGGUUACGUUAUUGGAAGCUGCAUAAAGCACAUUCCAAUCGCCGGAAGAAAUAUUACCUAUUUUAUUCAGUCGUUGUUAAGAGAAAGAGAAAUCGGAAUCCCUCCGGAACAAUCCUUGGAGACUGCUAAGGCGAUAAAAGAAAAAUACUGCUACAUAUGCCCGGACAUAGCGAAAGAGUUCUCGAAAUACGAUACUGAUCCGGCUAAAUGGAUGAAGAAGUACGAUGGGGUGAAUUCCGUUACGAAGCAACCCUUCAGCGUUGAUGUCGGUUACGAAAGAUUUUUGGGGCCGGAGAUUUUCUUCCAUCCGGAAUUUUCCAAUCCCGAUUUUACUGUUCCGUUAUCGCAGAUCGUUGAUGAUGUUAUUCAGAAUUGUCCUAUUGAUGUACGCAGGCCUUUGUAUGAUAAUAUUGUUCUGUCUGGCGGUUCGACUAUGUUCAAAGAUUUCGGUAGAAGGUUGCAGAGAGACAUAAAGAGAACUGUGGAUGCAAGACUGAAGUUAAGUGAGACACUCGGCGGAGGUCGAUUGAAGCCAAAGCCUAUUGAUGUCCAAGUAAUUUCACAUCAUAUGCAACGUUAUGCUGUUUAUUUCGGAGGUAGCAUGUUGGCCUCCACUCCCGAAUUCUACACAGUUUGUCAUACAAAAGAAGAUUACGAAGAAUUUGGACCCCGUAUAUGUAGGCACAAUCCAGUAUUCGGUACAAUGACAUAAUUACAUUAUUUUAUAUUUAUUUUUUACUUUUUUUAUACUUCAUGUAAAGUAAAUAGUUUUAAAGCCGAUUGUUAAAUAUAGGUUCAUUUUCUAAUUUCAUAUUUAUUUGUAAUAAUUGUAGCUGGAUUUGCCAGCAACUUUUUAAACCCAACUUUCUUGUACCUUGAUAUUGUUAUAUUAAGAAUUGUUAGUUUUUAAAGAUUAUAAGAUU